AUAAUGACGUCACACAUUUGAAAUUGGUCAACAUGGCGGCAUAGCACUGUCUAGUGUCUGUGUUAUUAACUUACAUGGCCCAGCGGAACUCACUCACACUUACUGAUUGUAACUAUUUCGGGUUAAUCAAGAGAAGUGCAGUUCAUAAGUUAUACAAUAUAAGAUUAGUACACACAAACACUUUGUCAUCCUGAAGAGGAAAAUACCUUCAAGUGCUACUAUUUUAGGUUUCGUUAUGAUCAAACCGGAAAUCAGACAGGAAGAGUAUCCAUGUACGUCCAUCUAAUCUGAGAGCACAUUAACAUUGCAUAUCUGCUGGAUUAUAACAGAUCAGACACUGCAGAGACACAAUACAUAUGUACCAUGUAACAGAAAGGGUUUCCUGUCACAGUUUUCAGGUUGCAUUUUGGUAAUUCUCAGAGCAUAUCACCCUGAAGUGGAAAUAUCCAACCUAAAGUGCUGCAGGAUUUUACUACUUGUGAGUUUACCUCCUUCGGAGGGGCUUGACUGUAGACAACAUGGCGGGGAAGACAUUAGAUGACAUAUUCAAUGAUGUCCUGAAGCAGGACACUACGUCCAAAUUUCAGGCUUCAGAGGAUUUGCAGAACUAUCUCCAGGACAAUAAGAAUUCUCUUCACUGUGAUAAUAUGGACAGAUUAGUGGAUGCCCUAGCAGGAUGGGUGAAUAGUAGUAAUUUCAAGAUAUCUCUCUGUGGUCUUGAGUGUUUAUCAUUACUUGUUGAUAGAAUGGGAGAAAAAUUCAAGAGUCAUAUAGGAACAGUUUUACCAGCAGCAGUUGACAGAUUGGGAGAUAGCAAGGAACAGGUUCGAGAACAAUCUCAAGGUCUCAUUCAAAAGCUGAUGUCACCCUCUUCUUCACCACAGUUUGUAUUUGAGAGGCUGAUGAAAGCAUUUUCGCACAAAGGUUGGCGUGUUCGAGAGGAAGUUCUACUAUGUUUAAUGCAGACUUUAAAUGUAUUUGGUGCAAGUUCUCUUCUAUUAAACAAAAUUGUUCCAUCAAUUUGCAAACUUCUUGGGGAUCCUAACAGUCAAGUAAGAGAUACAGCAAUCAACACACUAGUUGAGAUCUACAGGCAUGUAGGAGAGAAGGUUAGGAUAGACCUGGGUAAAAAGGGCAUUCCUUCAUCAAGGUUAUCUAUUAUUUAUGCCAAGUUUGAUGAUGUGAAACGGUCCGGACAAAUGGUGGUGCAGUCUGAACAAAGUGGUAAGUAAAACAUACGUCUGAAAGUCCCCUCAGCUUUAAAUCAUUAGUGUAAAUGUGCAUUUUUUUCUUUCAGGAAAAUUUCAGUCCAAAACACAAUAGUGAUGAUUUUGGUUGGUUUGUCACACCCUUUCUAUUUUCACAGAUAAUGCAAUUUUCUGGUGAUUCUCACAAUCCUCACGUUGUUUUAUCCAACAUAUUGAACAGUUAGACCUUAUGAAUCGAGGUGACUUCGCACACGGCGGAAUAGGAGCUUUUGAUUGAGUGAUGGUGAUGGGCAUGAUUAAAACCUUAGUCGUGCUGAAAUGAUUCCUUAAACAGUGAAACUUUUCAAAAUGCACACUUUUUUACAUUUUGGGAUUGCAUUCUCCAUCAAGAUUUUGUGAACAUAUGAUUAAUUAGAACUUGAAAUGAAAGCUAAAGCUAUUUUCUAUGUCCCCCUCCCCCCAUUCUUGUUUGAACGCAACUUAUGAGACAUUAUUCAUCUUCCAUUAGAAGGUUGCAUAUUCUGUUAAGUGUAUUCCUAGUCUGUGUAUCGUAUCAGUUGGUUUAUUGAAAAACCUUGUUGUUGGUAAAAAUAAAAGUGCAGUGAAAUUCUGCCAUAUGGUGACUAACAUGACAUCUGCUCAUUUUAUUUUAGAGUGGGUUCUUUUUUCGUCUGAAACUACUUGAUCUGAAGAAAAAUACUUUCUCAUAUCCAGAAAAGCUUUAUGCAUGUAUUGGGUCCAUUUUUCAUGUAGUUUAAUUUGUAGUUGGUCUUAUUUCCAGAAGUUCUAAUAACCACUUGGACUUAAUAUCUGCAGUAAUUUCUUUUUGGUUGUAUUGCCUAUGUUUAUGGGUUUGAUCCCAGGCUGAGUGAAACCAAUGGCUUCUAGAAAUAGGAUCUGGCAUCUAGUCAGGGGCUUGUGUAAGAAUGGAGAAGGGUUAACAUACUUUUUUCACAGUGUCCACUGAAAGACCAGAUAAACAGCUGAAGUUUUGAUCCCAAGGGAAAUCAAUAUUGUAAUCAUCAUCACCAAAAAAAAAUGGAUUAGACUAAUUAUUGACAAAUAGAAGUAGAGGUUGUAGACAAAUGAAGUUAGACCAUGUGGACUUGCACUAACUGUUAAUACAACCAAGAGGUUUACAGACCGAAUGAGGGUGUACUGUGUUUAUGCCAGCAGGGAAUUGAGGAGAUUCACUGGAUCCGUCCCGAUUCGAAUUUCAGUAUUUGUUUCCAAUUAAAAUUACUUUUACACGUAUCUUGUUUUUAUGAGAUAUUGAGGAAACCAUAUCUUGUCCUCAAUUCAGAUUUAAAAAAAAAAUCUAUUUCAUCCAUGGUUGGACGAAUGACACAAUAGCAGUAUUUCCAAUGAACAAGUAUGAUUAGUAGAUUGAUGAAGAUGCAUGUCUGAAGACCAAAUUUGAAGUAAUACCUCGGUCACAUUUGUUCUACGGCGGCCGUACGGCGAAUCGAAAACAGCCGUUUUUUUAGAGCUGCAUAUAUAUGUAGUUUGAAUAGAAAUGAAUAAAACGGCCGUUUUAGACUCGCCGUACAGCUGCCGUAGAGCAAAUGUGGCCGAGGUAUUAGGACAUUUUUUUUAUCACCAAUUGAGAGCAAAGAAUAAAAAAGAUCAUUGAUCUUUAAUAAUAUGGCAUGUCCCUUUUGAAUUCUUGAAGAGAAAGUAUCCUUUACUCUCUUGCCUCAUACAUAUAGCAUGACUAUGAAUUAUUUUGGAAAGUAGGGGUUACCUCAGGAUUUGUGGCUGAAUCAAUGAGGCAUGAAAGAGUCCAAAAUUGAGUGGAUACAUGAAAGAUGUGAAUUUUUAUAUAGGGGUAACAAAUGGUGAUGGUGGGUUAAGAUCACAUUCAGGACAGACAUUGCGUGGAAAGUGAAUGGAC